UGACAUUUUCUCUCUCUUUCUCUCACUUUCUCGCCUGAGAUUACUAACCGGAAAAAAUGGCUGGAGGUCUCGGAAAAUGCAGUAAGAUCCGUCACAUUGUGAGGCUGAGGCAGAUGCUCCGACGGUGGCGCGACCAAGCGCGCAUGUCUUCUUCCAGCCGUUGCGUGCCGUCGGAUGUGCCGUCAGGACACGUGGCGGUCUACGUUGGCAGCAACUGCAGGAGAUUUGUGGUGCGCGCGACGUAUCUGAACCAUCCCGUCCUAAGGAAUCUUCUGGUUCAAGCCGAGGAAGAGUUCGGUUUCGUGAACCAAGGUCCGUUGGUUUUCCCUUGUGAAGAAUCGGUUUUCGUGGAGUCGAUUCGGUUUGUGUCCCGGUCCGAUUCCACCCGAUCAAGACGGUUUACUUGUCCUGACGAUUUCCAGAAGAACUGCCACGUGGAGAUCAGAAGCAAGCUCGAUCUAUGGAUCGAAUCUCGGCCGUUGCUUCACGGCGUCUCCGAAAAAGCAAUAUGGUGAUUUCUAGGGAUCACAGAGUAAAUAGAUAAUAAAAAAGACGAUUCUGACUCGUAACGAGUUUACUCGCCAUGGAAGCAGAAAAUUAUCGAAGCCAAUUAUGAGUAAUCGUCAUUAACUCGGCUGAGUUUGACUCGGAUCUGCUUCUAUUCAUUUAUUGGUUUCUUCCUGAGUCAGACGCGGUGAUAUAAAGGAGAUGGCUUUGAAAGGUGAGUGAGUCAUUCUACCGAGUCGUCCCGGGUACGAGUCCGAGUUUGAGGAAGUGAAAUUAUAAUCAAGGAGCGAGAAAAAUGUGAUUUAAAAUUGGUGUUGACUGUAAAUUCUGCAUUUUCAAUUGAAUUGUAGAAAUCAUUAUUGUUUGAGAAAUUUGAAUACUAAU